AGCGCACAAUAUGGUUUUGUUUAUCCCGUCGUUGCCAUAAGACAUAUGUCAACAUUUUAUAGUGAUCUAGCAAAAGAAAUAGAAGACGAAGAUACUCCAUUCAAUUAUAAUGGAAUUGUACAUGAAGACAAUGAUCUCGAUGAUCUACUAAAUUCACUUAAUCAGAAAGACGACUUAAAAGUUCGAAAGACAGUUGUAAAACAGAAUGGUGAUCCCAAUUCCAGCCUAGAAUUCGGAAGACACACCGAAAAGACUAAAAGCCAAACAAAAUCCUCAAAAACCAUUCUUGAUGCCCUUAUAGACCCAUUCGAUGUUUCAGAUCCUGUUUUUGCAAAGACAGAAAAACCUGCUUAUAAAUUAGAUCCUGAAUUUGUAGAUGAAUCCAAACGACGUCCUAAUUCAUUGACUCCUAAAAGAACAGUUCGAUUUUUGGACGACGUUGGAAAAGAACACCAGGAGGUAUCUGGUGAUAGGCAGUUUGGUGACUCAUCUGGUUUUGAUCAAUUCGAUUUUGACAUACAAACGACUAAAACGUUAUGCAAUAAUAACAACUCUAGUUCAAUUAGACCUCAAACAGCUCCAACGCCAUCAGAAUGUGGAAAAUUCACAUUUAAAAACCUACUUGAUAAUGAUAAUAAUAAUAAUAAUAAAAGCUCUUCAAAUCAAAUUCUUAAUCUUUUAUCCGAUGACAAAUUAAUUGACAAUUCAAAAUCAAUGAAAUCUACUAGAUCUCAUACACGUCGUCCUUCAUCAAUAGAAUCAAUUCAUCCAAUUUCAA